AUGGCCUCCAAGGCCGGCUUCGAGGCAUCCAACCACGCCAUCCCUUGCAACACCACCGUGCCCGGUUAUAAAUGUGUCACCCCCGUUUUGGGGCAUUACCUCGAACCGGGCACGAUUUCCUUGUAUAUUUCUUCGCUGUCGUCGAUUCUGAGUUUCUUCAUGUCGUUGUCUAUCUCUGCUGUUGCUGACCACGGAUCGUACAGGAAGACCCUGUUGAUCGCCUUCUCCGUCCUAGGCUGCAUCAACGCCUGCGCCUUCUUCAUCAUCUACAAACCCUCCCUCUUCUGGGUCGGAGCCAUCCUCUCCCCCCUCGGAUGGACAUUCUUCAACAUCGCUGGCGUUUUCUCCCACUCCUUCCUACCCCUCUACGGUCGAGCCCACCCCGAAGUCCUCUCUGCCGAAUCCCGAGGCGAGUCCCUGGCCAUCAUCCGCAAGAUUCAGGAACAAAAGAUUAAUGAUCUCUCGGCAAUGUCGGUCGUGGUUGCGAAUAUCGGCUCGGUGUUGAUCCAUGGGUUCUGCAUUGGGAUCUCGUGGAGUAUGAAGGAGAGUUCGUUGAGUUUGGAGAUUGCGAUUGCGUUUUCGGGAGUUUGGUGGUUGGUGUGGAUGGUUGUUAUUGCCCCUUGGUUGGAUGCGAGGCCUAAUGAACCGUUGCCCGAGGGGACUAAUUGGGUUGUUUAUUCCUGGUCCAAAACGUACAAAACGUUGACAUCGUUCCGGAAACUGCCCGAGAUCUUCAAGUUCAUGAUCGCCUGGUUCAUCCUCUCGGACGGGAUCAACACCAUCCCCGCAAUCCUCUUCAUCAUCCUUUACCGCGAACUAGCCUUCACUCACACCCACUCCAUCAUCAUCUCCGUCCUCCUUGCCCUCAUGGCCUCCCUCGGCGCUUACCUAUUCAUGGUCAUCCGCAAAUACUGGUCCCUCACCACAAAAUUCAUGAUCCUCCUGUGUCUCGGCUUCUACUCCCUCCUCAUGGCUUACCUCGUCAUCGCCCCAUACUUCUCCGACAAGGCUGGACUCCGCACUGUUGGGGAAGGGUGGGCUUGUACGGUCUACAUUGGCCUCAUCAUCAGCACCUUUUACUCCUCCAUGAGGGUCAUGCUUUCGGAACUGUGUCCCGUAGGGGAUGAGAAUGAGUGGUUCUCAUUAUACCUGUUGGCGGAUAAGGGAUCGUCGUGGUUGGGUCCCUUUGUGACAGGUGCGAUUUAUACGUAUGUCCACGAUUACCGCAAGGCGUUCUGGUUCCCGUUGGGAUUGAUUGUGUUGGGGGUUAUUGUGCUGUUGAGGGUUGAUGUAGAUUUGGGUAAGGACCAGGCGAGGGAGUUUGCGAGGGAGAAGAAGGAGAGGUGUCGUCAGGGACAACAGCAGGCCACUGGCUACUUCAAAUGA